AGCGCGGGGGCCGGGGGUUUGAACGGAGGGUCUCCCUCGCCCGCAGGACUGCGUCGGCUGCGGCGGGUGCGGGAGGCGGCGACGGCCGAGGCAGGCGUCGGGGCCGGCCGGUUGAGGCUGGCGCGGUGGGCGCUGGGGGCGCUGCCCCUGAGGCAAUGAUGGGCAAGGAGGAGGAGAUUGCGCGCAUCGCCCGGAGGCUGGACAAGAUGGUGACCAAGAAGAGCGCGGAGGGAGCCAUGGACCUGCUGCGGGAGCUGAAGGCCAUGCCGGUCACUCUGCACCUGCUCCAGUCCACCCGGGUCGGCAUGUCUGUCAACGCCCUGCGGAAGCAGAGCUCCGACGAGGAGGUCAUCGCGCUCGCCAAGUCCCUCAUCAAGUCCUGGAAGAAGCUCCUGGAUGCUUCGGAUGCCAAAGCCAGGGAGCGGAGGAGGGGCGGGCCUCCACCCACGUCCUCGGAGGGCUCCGAGGCCAAGGAUGCCAGCCGCAAGAGGCCGGAGCUGCCCAGGAUGCUGUCGGCCCCGAGGAUGACCACGUUUCCCCCGGUGCCGGUCACCUGCGACGCCGUGCGGAACAAGUGCCGGGAGAUGCUCACAGCCGCCCUGCAGACGGACAAUGACCACGUGGCCAUCAGUGCGGACUGCGAGCGCCUUUCGGCCCAGAUUGAGGAAUGCAUCUUCCGGGACGUGGGGAACACGGACAUGAAGUACAAGAACCGCGUCCGGAGCCGCAUCUCCAACCUCAAGGACGCCAAGAACCCGGACCUGCGGCGCAACGUGCUGUGCGGCUCCAUCACGCCGCAGCAGAUCGCCGUGAUGACGUCGGAGGAGAUGGCCAGCGACGAGCUGAAGGAGAUCCGCAAGGCCAUGACCAAGGAGGCCAUCCGCGAGCACCAGAUGGCCCGCACGGGCGGCGCGCAGACCGACCUGUUCACCUGCGGCAAGUGCAGGAAGAAGAGCUGCACCUACACGCAGGUGCAGACCCGCAGCUCCGACGAGCCCAUGACCACGUUCGUCGUCUGCAACGAGUGCGGGAACCGCUGGAAGUUCUGCUGAGCCCUGUGCAGGCGUGCGGGCGGCAGCCCACCGCCCUUCCCGCUUCCUGCCGCCACAGCCUCUCCGGAGAUCUGCUCCGUGCCCCACCUGCACCUGCAGCACACCUCUCUCCCUUCCCCCAAUCAUUAAAUGUUCCUUUUUGCCAC